CUUAAAAGAAAAUGAAAUAAAAAAUAAAAAAUGCAAAUGCAACGUAACGUUUAUCCAGAAAAAUAUAGUCUUGAUUUUAAAAUAUUAAUUAUUUUAUUAGAAUUAGAAGCACCGCUUAAAACGCCACGUGAGUGUCGACUUAACCCCCACCGCCAUCCGCGAAAGGCUAAUAAAACACAAGAACCCACCCACAUCCGGUUCAUAUCUCAAAAUCAAACCGCCGUUGCCAACAUGAGAAUGAAGACUUCUUUCAUCGUCUUGCUUCUUUCGUUACUCAUGUUCUUCCUUUUUACAUCAGACUCCAUUCAAGAACAGCAACAGCAACAACAACAACCUCUUCCUCUUCAUAUGAAAAUUAAGACUCUUCUCACCAAUAUCCAGUCCUACCUAUUUCCUCCCAACCUGGAUUUCAGAGGAAGCGUUAUUAGCAAAGAUGAACCCAGAGUGACCGGUGCAAGUGAAACAGAAGGCGGCGCUGGGGACAAGUUUAAAGAGGCUGUCGCCAAGAGUCUAGGUGAAGGGAAAGCAACCGUUGAGGAAACUGCCAAAACCGCCGCACAAAAGCUCAAGGACACCUUUUCUUCCCAUCAUGAUCCCCAAGAAGACCUCUGAUCACUAUAAUGUAGAAAACAUCUUUUUUUUUUUUCCCUUGUAAUCGGUUUUGUUUUAUUAAGUAAACAUAUUUUUUUUUGUUCUUUGA